AUGGAGUGGGUUUUGAGUGGUGAAGAUGACGGAUCAGACCCGCCUGAUCUCGGCCUUUAUUACCCCAUUUGGACUUUUCGAGUGGAAUCGGAUGCCUUUUGGGCUGAAGAAUGCGCUGCAGAUCUACCAGCGGACGAUCGACAACGCCCUGUAUGGGUUCACUCGGAUCCCGAAAAAGCGGGAGAUCUGGAGCGUCUGGAUGUAUUCGAGGCCGGAGAACCUGAAGAUCCGAGCAAACCAUCGGUGUUAGGACGCAGAUCCUAUAUCGACGACAUCUUAGUACCAGCGGAUAAUUGGGACGAGCUAUGUGACCGAGUCGAAGAUCUUCUGGAGGUGAUUUCUGGGGGUAUGCCCAAGGUGGAAUAUCUCGGUCACAAGGUUUUGCACGAUGGACUGGAGGCGAAUCCGAAGGAUCUGUCGGCGUUGAUGGAUCUCGAGUUUCCCGGAUCCCUGCGUGCCAUGCAACUUUGUCGGAGUUGGAGCCUGCUGACGCAGAAUCUUGGGCGAGACGGAGCUGGUAUAGUUCAUUCGUAG